CCUAAGUGGUACAUUCAUUUAAUUCAUUUUAAAAUUAGCUUUUACAAUAUUGGGUAACUAAAACAUGAAGUUUAUAUGAAAAAAAAAGAACAAAAUUUAAUCAGAGUAAAAUGAAUUACUCACAGUUUGGAAGAUGAUUCUGCUCUCCCCUUCCUCUGACGAAAAUCCUGGCAGAUCUGAUUCUGACUGAUGCUUAUAUCCUAACUCUCAAGGACACACACACACGUGCACACACGCACACACACAGAUUUCUUUGUGGGGAGCACACGUUGACUUUCAUGCUUUCCCAGGCCUCUCACCCUAAACCAGACUUAAACCUUAUGAUGACGCAGUUAUUUUGAGAUCUUUACCUCAAACUCAGGGUUAACCUUUUUAGGACCAGCAAAACAGUCCUCACUAAGCCAAGUGUCCACACAAGGAGGUGUUUUUCCAAGAAUUGGUCCCGCUAGAAUAGAUAAACCAAUCCCACACACACACUAUAUUCAGCAUUCACGUCACUCUUUUUGUGAAGACUUCUCAUUGCCAUAAUGCUUUCUCACAUUUAACUUGACCAUCCAAAACAAAUGGUUAAACUUUUCUCUUUAAUCCUUGUGAGGACAGGCCAAAAUGUGUCCUCAUAAGAGGGAUCCACCGACCAACUUCCAUUGUCAAUAUUUAUUGAGAAACGUUUUCCCAGUUAUACUCUUGGGUUAGGGUUAGAGACUGAAAAAUUGAUGAAAACAUUUCCAAACACAGACACACGCACACACACACACGCACACACUCAACUGAAUGUCACCCAACAGAUCAGUCAGAUUAACACAGGGAUGUCAUGUCGUCAUUGUGCAGACAACAGGAUUCAAAAGCGUCAUGUUGAGGUGUUGUAUUACACCCUCUGGCAGUCAUAAACAUGCACAUCUGUUCAACUUGAUAUCUGAUGUUCGUCAUCAAUCGUCUCAUUCUUCACGACACCUGUAAUAUUAUUCCCACUUUGUCACCCGAAAGUGCCAAAACUCAUUUUUCCAUUUCACAACCAAGUCAAUGAAUCGAUCUCUCCCCAAAACAUUGUCCACUCGUAAACACAUUUACCAUCUAAAAUGUACUUCUCCCGAAAAGUUCCUCUUUUUUUAAUUGACUAAUGGAGGAGACUGGGUGUAGCGAAGGGGGAAGCUAUUAGAGCGCAGCCUUGAAACUCCAUUAAACACAGAGCAAUGUCCAGCAGACUUGAGACAUUUAAACAGAAUUUAUCAUUGCUAUAGACGUCACUGUCUUUUAAAGUGGCACAUAGUGGACGCAUUGGUGCACACGCAAGCACAUGCACUUAGCCAUCACAAACACACCCACAUACACAGACUCACACAGCACACCUAUUAAUGGGAUGUGCACACACCCACGCACACACACACUCAACAUGUCAAGAAUGGUAGGGAUUAUUAAUAAAAUAUAACAUUAAAAUAAGUGUCGACGUAUAAUAUGUAUUGAAAGAUGCGGGAUGUCUUGUUACAGGUGGGGGAGGGGCAAUGGUUGGAUUCCAAUACAAUGAUGAGCCAGAAUGUAUCAAAUAUGAAAGUCCAUCUGAAAAAAAUUGAUUUGAUUUGAUUGAUUUCUAUACGGUAGAAAUCGGUUCUCCUUGUGAAAGCUGACUUCUUCUUUUACCUCUGCAACAGGAAACAUCUGCUCUCCCUCCCUGACCAUUUCUUUAAUCUUUAUUACACAGUAAUAUAACGAUAAAUUAUUUAAUGGUGAACCACAGAUGUGUAGAAACCUAUUUUAAAAAUAUUCUGUCAUCUUACUGUUCACCUGGGUUUAGUUCAGUUUUAGCACAGAAGCCGUUGUGUGGAACAGAAAUUUUGACAAGCUACAAACUGAGCCUUUCAUACUUUCAGUUAAAAAUGUUAUUUGCAGUGAAGCGUUGAACCAUGUGGGUGUCACCUGCCAGAAGGCAGCAGCCUGUGACUGUGUGAGUAUUCAGAAGCAACAUAAACCCACCAUAGACGCACCAAUGGGUCAGCAAGCGUCUUGUCCCAAGUUGUUCCCGGGAGACAUCAUUGAAUUCCCCCGAAACAAAUUCUUCUCCCACUUCGGCGUUUACUAUGGAGAGAGAGAUGGCGUUCCAUACGUGGCUCACCUGACCUGCCGAGACUCUGAUGCAAGGUUCCCAUUAUACGGUCGUGCACUCAGAUCAGAGGUUAAACUGGACCCUCUGGAGAAGCUGGGCCACAAGUACAAGGUCAACAACAUGCUUGAUGACUCGCUUCCUAGCCGAGAUUUUUUGGACGUGAUCAAGGUUGCGAUUGAUGGGAUGAUGGGGCAGCAGGUGACCUUUGACAUCCUGUUUCACAACAGCGAACACCAGGCCACACUUUUCAGAUACGGAGUGAAGAAGUCGCUGCAGAUUGACAAGGUCUACGAAUACAUCCAACCAGCCUGGAAGAAACUGCUGGAGGAGAAAAAACUGUAAUGACAUUUGCAAACCCUCUCUGAGGAGGGCGCUGUAGAAAUGAAGUGUGUGGUAUAUGAUCGAUCCAAUGCUAUAAACUCCCCCCAAAAAACGAAAGGUGGUAAUACAGUACCCAUAUCUUCUGUUUAUAUUUUUUAUCCUGUUUUUAGCUUGCUUGUUUUACAAUAUCUGAGUAUCAUACUGUUUGUUUGGCGUGCAAAUGUUUCCACUAAGCAAACGUUGCUAUUACCUCUGUUCUCUCUUUUAGCAAAUAUAUAUGAAACUUUGUCUUCCUUUAGAUUAGUACACGCUUUACAUGU